ACCGCGCAUGCGCAGAGCAGAGGCAGCAGCCUGCCAGCUCAGCUGACAACAAGCAGCAGCUCGUCUACAACCAGAUGAUGAUGGCAGACUCUGCAAGUAUCCAAGAAGAAGAAGUAGUAGCAGUGAUUGGAAACACCGACAUCACCUCAACAGAAUCCGAGAACAACCUCAUAAACACGAUGGUGGAAAGAGGGACAGCUCUGUUGAGAAAAAUGGAGAUAAAUGUGUCGGAGGCAGAGAAGAGAACCGGAAAGAACACGGUUAACAUGCAGGAAACCUACACAGUCUACCUCAUAGAAACACGACCAGCUGAAACUGUUCCAGAGGGAGGUACGCCUGCCACACCUGACACUUUGUGGAGACGCUACAGCGAGUUUGAAUUGCUCAGAACAUUCCUCCUGGUCACCUACCCUUACAUCAUCAUCCCUCCACUACCGGAGAAAAGGGCAGAGUUUGUGUGGCACAAGCUGUCAGCAGACAACCUCGACCCAGACUUUGUUGAGCGACGGAGAGUCGGUCUGGAAAACUUCCUGCUGCGCGUUGCAUCGCAUCCUGUCCUUUCUAACGACAAGAUCUUCUUCCUCUUUCUGACAGAGGAGAAAGGAUGGAGGGAGGCGGUUUUGGAGACCGGUUUCCAAGACAAGGUUGACUCCAAACUAAAGUCUGUGAGUGCCAUGUUAAGAGUCAAGAACCCUGACAAGCGAUUCACAGCACUGAAACAGUACAGUGAUGAACUGAACACUGUCAUCUCUCAGUUACUGAGGGUGCGGGCGAAAGUAGCAGACCGGCUGUAUGGAGUUUACAAAGUCCACGGUAACUACGGCAGAGUCUUUAGUGAGUGGAGUGCUAUUGAAAAAGAGAUGGGAGACGGACUACAGAGUGCCGGCCACCACAUGGACACGUACGCUGCAUCAAUAGAUGACAUUCUGGAGGAAGAAGAGCACUAUGCAGACCAACUGAAAGAAUACCUUUUCUACACUGACGCUGUCAGGUCAGUGUGUAGGAAACAUGAUUUGAUCCAGUAUGAGCUGGAGAUGGUAGCUCAGGACCUCGUCACAAAGAAACAACAGAAAGAAGAGCUGGUUACCGGGACAGUACGCGUCUUUUCUCUGAAGGGGAUGACCAGUAAACUGUUCGGCCAAGAGAGCCAGGAGCAGAGGGACAGCAGGUUGGCAGUGCUGGAGCAGAGCAUCCAGGACGGAGAUAGAACACUCAAGGAGAAGAACACAGAGUGCCAAGAGUUUGUGCGAACAGCCUGGGAAGACAUCGAACGCUUUAAGGAACAGAAGGACAGAGAUUUGCGCGAAGCACUAAUCAGCUAUGCCAUUAUGCAGAUCAGCAUGUGUAAGAAGGGAAUCCAGGUGUGGUCCAACGCCAAGGACUGUUUCAACAAAAUGUGAGCCACUUUCCAGCCAAUCACUCUCUUGCACCAAAACAAUAGUCAGAGUGGGACCAUCAGACAGUUGUUGAACUGCAGUCUUAUGGAGAUGGACCAUGGGAGCCCAAAUACUGCCCUCACUUUGUUUGCUAUGCUGAAUGAUUCUCUGUCUCUUUCUCUAUCUCUCUCUCUCUCUCUCUCUCGCUCUCUCUCUCACAUUUAUUUUGAACAAGCUUCCAAGUCAGAGUCAUUUAGUGGAUCCCAGCCUUUUAAAUCAAAGUGUCUUAACAGAACCAUUCUCAUGGCAUUCUGCUGAUGUAACUUUCAUUCUGCAGAUGAUCCACAUUUUCAGUACUUUGUUGCACGGCUGACAGCAUGUCCAAGAGAAAAAUCCUGCACUAAUAAUGCCUGAUAGUUGCACUUUGGGAACGGCUGUGCAGUGUAUUUCGGUUGUUACACUUCUCUCGACUUAUCUCUCACCCUGAAAAUAAGGAAUAUUUAGUCAUGAGAAGCUGCACAGGUUCAUUUGACUCUUUUUAGAGUUACCUGCCUUAGAGAAGUUGAAACAAACUGUAUUUUGUGCCUUUCCAUGUUUUACUUUUAGAGACUAUGCUCUCUCUCUGAUGACUAUAUUUUAAAAGGAAACAGAGUGGAAAAAAAUAGUACAGCAUCGAGCUUGUUUGGUUUAAUUUUGACACAUGAAUGAUCACUUCACUAUAGGAUUUAACUUUUACUUUGAUAUUUCAAUCCAAUAUCAUAGUGUGUAAUGGAUCUGCCUGUCUCCCAGAGGAUAGCAUGUCAGUGUCACGUUUUGCCACGCCGAGGCGUGAAUAUUACAUGCAUGUAUGAAGGUGCUGUACCAGCAGGGGGCAACAAAACCACUUAGUUAGGUUUAGGAAAAAAACUCAUGGUUGGGUUUAAUAUAAGUAUGUAAAACACACAUCACAAACGUCACUAACGUAGCUUACAAAAUAAAAAACACCGCACUCCUGGUUGAAAGUCCUGCGUUUGUGAAGAACGGCAUUCUUAUUACACGCUUUUGCCUCGCACAUUACCGUGUCAUUCACACGCCUUUUUCUGCAAAAAUUCCAAUUGUCUUUCUGCAAGAGCAUCUAUAAAACUAGUCCCAGGCUUCCUAAAUGUAGCAGAACUGUGCAGGGAAAUAAAAGGGGAGACAUUAGGGAAAUCAAUCUGUGAAUUGUUGCCAGGAAUUAUUUCCAGAAGAAUACUUCUACCACUACUUCUUCUCAGCCUCAAAUAGUAGAACCUUUUGAAAGUCUAGUUGAUAAAAAUCUGAUUGUAAAGGCAAGGGAACAUGGACCACGCUUUAGGAAGUCACUACACAUUCACUUCCUUUUCUUCUUCUUCUUCCUGAAAUAAUUUCAUACACUUCACGCUGAAGUCAAUCUUUAUGCUGUUAUUGAUCGAUAGCCGACCAAAGUGCUUAUGACCAAGUAGUCUGUAUAGUGCAGAUCACAGGAGAGGGGUUGAGGAACUUGGGGUAGUUUUGGUAAUUGAUGGAUUGUUUUUCGUUUUGUGCCAAAAGCAAAGAGCCAUGAGUAACAUACAGUCAAGAAGGCCUCAUGGCGUUUUGGUUACAGUACAGCUCCUUGAACUCCUUAGUGGAGGCUGUUUUUUUGACACCCCUACAAACUACCUUAUCUACCAAGUGCAACCAUAAGUGUUAUUAAAAUCAGCAAAACUUUUCUUUGCUGUCAAGCUUUAUAGCCUUAAUACGAACAUUGGUUUUGUACAAUAGGGUAGUUUGACCCUCUCUGCACACUGUCAAUGUGCCUCACCCCUUUUUCUGAUGUUAAGUUACUGCACCAAAUAAUAGACAUGAGCUCCAAGCGUGCCUCAGGUCAAUGUUUAUGGAAAAUACUGACCAAAUAGUUUGAAAACGUUAACUACAGAUAUGUUGAAUUCUCAAAUUCUGAUCUCAAUACAUAUGCUUUACAUGCACAAUACAUGUGGCUUCCUUAAUGAUGUCCUUCUGAGGAGGAAAGAUUGUUGUAAAAGUUGUGCAGAGAUUACUUUCCUUUCAGAAUAAACAAUCAGUUUACUGAAAUAAUUCCAAAUUGAGGCUUUAUGUAUGUUUUUAUAAUAAACGUGUUCAAUGAGAGAUUGUUUUUAUGUGGAUGUAAUCAUUGUGCUAAGACACUAAUAAACAUAUUUCUUUUUUUAAAC